CGGAGCAGCCGCACGAGAAACUAUUUAUUUAUCGCUAGCUGAUACUAUGACGCUGGAAGUAAUCCCUGAGGAGGACGACGUUAAGGGACGUACUUGAGAAGGUGUGAAAGUGAGUCACUUUGAGCCACUCAAUGAGACGUGAGCUGAAGACUCUCUGUCUUACCAAGCGGACAGGAAGAUAAAGACGCAUCUAUCCUGAAUCAGACCCAGUGGAUGUCUCUCUUCGAUUGGAUCUUAUUUGGAUCCAGUGAGCAUCAAAUAUGACCUCUCACCUGACCUUACCGGGUUCCAGAACAGUUUCUCCAGCUGCAGAGCGUCUCCGCCACAUCCUGGGUGAGGAUGACACCACCCCAACACCAACCAUUUUCACUGAGAUGGACACACUGCAACAUGAUGGAGAAGAGCUGGAAUGGAAAGAGUCUGCCAGGUGGGUGAAGUUUGAGGAGAAGGUGGAGGAGGGCGGAGAAAGAUGGAGCAAGCCUCACGUCUCCACGCUGACCCUCCAUAGUCUGUUUGAGCUCCGGACCUGCCUGCAGACGGGAAGCAUUCUGCUGGACCUGGAGGGUUACUCACUGCCACAGAUAGUGGAGGAAAUUGUGGAUCGCCAAAUAGCCGACGAUCUCGUUCCUCCGGAUCUGAAGGAGAAGAUCAUCUUCGUGUUGCUCAGAAAGCAUCGCCACCAGACCAAGAAACCAAUUCAUCGCUCGCUGGCAGACAUCGGAAAGUCCUCCAACACACCGUCCAACCGUAGUCCUCAGGUGAAUCUGACUCGUAGUACUAGCUCAGCUUCCGGGAUCCAUCACUCCACCGAAGACCUACGCUCUCGGCAGUCAAGCAGCCUUGGCCACCUGCAUCCUGCCCAGAGCCGAAGCAUGAAUGACAUUUCAGACACGCCGAGUACCGACCAGCUGAAGAAUAAGUUCAUGAAGAAGAUUCCUCGCGAUGCAGAAGCUUCCAACGUGCUGAUUGGUGAGGUGGACUUUCUGGACAAGCCGUUUGUCUCCUUUGUACGCUUGGCUCAAGCCACCACUCUGGGAGGCCUCACUGAGGUUCCUGUGCCAACCAGGUUCCUCUUCAUCCUGCUGGGCCCUCAAGGCAAAACUAAGUCCUACAAUGAAAUCGGCCGAGCCAUCGCGACUCUCAUGGUGGACGAUCUGUUCAGUGAUGUCGCCUACAAAGCACGGGACCGUGAUGACCUGAUUGCAGGAGUUGACGAGUUCCUGGAUGAGGUGAUUGUCCUUCCCCCAGGGGAAUGGGACCCCAAAAUACGCAUUGAACCCCCAAAGAAGGUUCCAUCAGCAGAAAUGAGGAAGUCAGUCCUCAACCUGAACGAGCUGGGUCAGAUGAACGGCUCGGCUGGUGGGGCCGCUGGUGGAGAAGACGACGAUCUUCCUGUUCAGCAUGAAUUGGGAGAAGAGCUGAAGUUCACUGGGAGAUUUUGCGGUGGCCUGUGGCUGGACAUCAAAAGGAAGAUCCCCUUUUACUGUAGUGAUAUCUACGAUGGCUUCCAUAUCCAAUCCAUCUCUGCAGUACUCUUCAUCUACUUGGGCUGCAUUACCAACGCAAUCACCUUCGGCGGACUGCUGGGAGAUGCUACGGACAAUUACCAGGGAGUGAUGGAGAGUUUUCUUGGCACUGCUCUGGCAGGAACCGUCUUCUGUUUGUUCGGCGGACAGCCUCUCAUCAUCCUCAGUUCAACCGGACCCAUUCUCAUCUUCGAAAAACUACUUUAUGAGUUCAGCAAGAACAACAGCAUAGACUACAUGGAGCUGCGGCUGUGGAUCGGUCUGCACUCGUGUCUGCAGUGCUUUCUGCUGGUCGUUUCUGACGCCAGCUACAUCAUCAAAUACAUGACGCGCUUCACAGAGGAGGGCUUCUCCAGCCUCAUCUCCUUCAUCUUCAUCUCGGACGCCAUUAAGAAGAUGGUCGGAGCCUUUCAGUACUAUCCAAUCAACCGCGGCUUCAAGCCAGAUUAUGUUACAUCCUACAAGUGUGAAUGCGUGGCGCCGGACCAGGCAUCUGCUGUGGGUUUAAACGUUUCAGCUCCUAUGUCAGAUGAUAACAUGACUCUGCUGUUUAACCUGACAGACCUGGACUGGAGUCAGCUGAGUAAGAAAGAGUGUGUGAAGUAUGGUGGUGUGUUGGUGGGGAGUUCCUGUAAGUAUGUCCCCGACCUGGCCCUGAUGUCCUUCAUCCUCUUCAUCGGCACCUACUCCAUGACCGUUUCUCUGAAAAAGUUCAAGUUCAGCCGCUACUUCCCAACAAAGAUGAGGAAGCUCAUCAGCGAUUUUGCCAUCUUCAUGUCAAUCAUGUCCUUUGUGGGUCUGGAUAUGUUGAUGGGCUUAGACACACCCAAACUAAUCGUUCCAACAGAGUUCAAGCCCACGCGUUCGGACCGUGGUUGGUUCGUGCUUCCGUUCGGUAAGAACCCGUGGUGGUGGUACCUGGCCAGCUUUGUUCCGGCUCUCCUCGUCACCAUCCUGAUCUUCAUGGACCAGCAGAUCAGCGCCGUCAUCGUCAACCGCAAGGAAAACAAGCUGAAGAAAGGCUGUGGGUACCACUUGGACCUGUUCUGGGUGGGUGUGCUGAUGGCUGCGUGUUCCUUCAUGGGCUUACCCUGGUAUGUUGCUGCCACCGUCAUCUCCAUCGCCCACAUCGACUCUCUGAAGAUGGAGAGCGAAUGCAGCGCCCCCGGAGAGCAGCCGCAGUUCCUGGGAGUCAGGGAGCAAAGGCUGACAGGCAUUCUGGUGUUUGUGCUGACUGGACUCUCAGUUUUCUUGGCUCCCAUCCUUCAGUAUAUCCCAAUGCCAGUCCUGUACGGAGUCUUCCUUCACAUGGGAGUGGCAUCACUGAGUGGCAUUCAGUUCUGGGAACGCAUGAAGUUGUAUCUGAUGCCGCCCAAACACCAGCCGGACUUUUCCUUCCUGCGCCACGUCCCCCUGAGACGCGUCCAUCUCUUCACACUUGUCCAGAUUGUCUGUCUGGCUGUCCUCUGGAUCCUCAAGUCCACCUUCCUGGCCAUAAUCUUCCCAGUCAUGAUCCUGGGUCUGAUGGUUGUACGGAAGCUACUGGACCUGAUGUUUUCACAACAUGACCUGGCCUGGCUGGACGACAUCCUGCCAGACAAAGACAAGAAGAAGAAAGAGGAUGACAAGAAGAAAAAGAAAGAGAAAAAGAGCGUUGAGCCGGAGAGCGAUGAGGAGGAGAUGAACCCUUACUCAACAGUCCCGUCGGAUCAAAAUGAACUAGACCGCAGCAUCACUCUGCACCUGAAGAUCUCCUGCCCCCCGUCGCCCACCCCCUCCCAGACGAGCCUCACCUCCGGGGACAAUCAGCCUCAGCGCCCGCCGCACCAACCGGUGCCCCAGGUCAGCAUCCGCUUGGACUCAGACUGCGACCGCGACGAUUCUGGCUUCUUCUCCAAACAGCAGCGGUGCAGCCCGUACGCCGCCCCCAGCCUGCCACCGCCCGUAACGCCCAGGGGUUGUCGCCGGAAACAGCACGCUCACUUCAGAGACUCCUGCGCAGAAACCAUUCUAUGAACAAACAAAGCAAACUGCACCUUGUGAUCUUCCUUUGUGUGUGAAUUUAAACACGUCAUGUAUAACUCAGCCGAACGUGAAAACACAAUACGUCUGUAACACUUUUCUGUCCAAGUGAAUGAACCCGUUGAUCCUGAGGUGAACUGAAAACAUAAAUGCAUGAACUCUCCCACCCCAAGAACGCUGAUUGUUUCUGAGCAAAAUGUGAAUUAUGCCGAGUUAAUGUAAAGAGUAAAGCACAUCCCAACAAUUGUAAUAAAAUGCUGUUAAAUUCUAUUUGUUUAAAUGCAAA